AUGGGCUGAGGCGGGGGGUGGGUUUUCGGGCGCCGCGGGUCGGCUUGCUGUGGCGGGCAGUGCUGCUGAAAAGAAGAGGCGGAAAGCGCGCGGCCGGGCACCAUUCGGCAGCAGCACCUGAGGGAGCAGAGCCCCGGGUCGCCCGCUCCGCUCAGCCAGGGACCCGCUGCCGACCUCGCCAUGGGCAAAGGCGACCCCAAUAAGCCGCGGGGCAAGAUGUCCUCGUACGCCUACUUCGUGCAGACGUGCCGCGAGGAGCACAAGAAGAAGCACCCGGACUCGUCUGUCAACUUCACAGAGUUCUCGCGGAAGUGCUCGGAGCGGUGGAAGACAAUGUCAAGCAAGGAAAAAGGAAAGUUUGAAGAAAUGGCUAAAGGAGACAAAGCUCGUUAUGACAGGGAGAUGAAAAACUAUGUUCCUCCCAAAGGCGAGAAGAAGGGAAAGAAGAAGGACCCCAAUGCUCCUAAAAGACCACCAUCUGCAUUCUUCCUUUUCUGUUCUGAACACCGUCCAAAAAUCAAAAAUGAUCACCCUGGCUUGUCUAUUGGAGAUACAGCAAAGAAAUUAGGUGAAAUGUGGUCCGAACAGUCGGCCAAAGAUAAACAGCCAUAUGAACAGAAGGCUGCAAAACUAAAGGAGAAGUAUGAAAAGGAUAUUGCAGCAUAUCGUGCCAAGAGCAAGAGUGAUGGAGGAAAAAAGGGCCCAGGUAGGCCUGCAGGUUCUAAGAAGAAAGCAGAACCAGAGGAGGAGGAGGAAGAGGAUGAGGAAGAAGAAUAAAUGAAUGUCGUGCUGUAAAGAUUUAUGCUCAGAAUCCAAUAUUUUGCUAAGAAUGUGAACUCAAGUGCAGCUCAUUGUUAGCCUCAGUAUAAAAAAUCUGUACAGAAUUGUGUAUAGGUAAUGUAGUUCUUUGUAGGGAGACUUCAAUUUAUAAUGUAAGCAGUAGCCAAGGGCUGCUACAGUUCAGUUUGGGAAAAAAAAUAGUUGUUGAAUGUUUCUGCUGUUCUGCAUAUUUAAUGGUUUUAUUGAAAUUCAGUGACUGAUAGUGAGGUGUUUCUUUUUAGCUAAGUAAAACAGGUAGCUUAAUAGCUGAUCUUAUAUUUUGUAGUAUUUUGUUGCAUUGUAUUACUUUUUUUAACACUUUUGUAAUAAAAUGUUGUACAUUG